UUUAAAGUCGAUUAAUGACAGACAAGACAUUACAUUAUAACUUCUCGAACUUACGGUGCACAUUAUUAUAAAUAAACGAUAUUACAAAUGUCAAAAUGUUUGGGUAUUCGUUAUCGUGGUAUAUUUUUGCACUCACAUUAUUGGAAUCAAUAAUUAAAACGCACCUAACUGUACAUGACGGCAGUCAUGGUUUCAUGACAAACAACCAGAGAUAUUUCGACAACGAUCUCAGCGUUAUUCAUGAGGAAAUCGCAUCCGGAUUGAGGUCAUCAAGAAUUAACGAUGACUUGAAGUUACAACUCAAGUUUGAACCAGCAUUUCUUGAUUUUAAGUAUAGGCCUUUAGGUAUCCCCCAUUUAGAAAAAGUAACAUUGUUCAAUGUGGACAGUAACAAGAGCAUUGACAUGACUUCAAUUUCUGGUAGCACUGUUCACUUCCACAGUUCUUUUUUUGAAGACAAAAAAAUUCCUCCUUUAGGUAACACUUCUUUUAAUGUUGUGUUCCUGGGCCGAGAAGAGGGAUUUGUGGAAAGUAAUCUCUUUAUUCACACUACAGAGGGCCACUUUAAGUACAAUGUGAAGGGUUCCAGCAUUUUUAGUCCUUACAGAUUAAGACCCAUUGUAGGUAUUAAAUUGCCAAUAAAUGCAUCUUUUUCUCCUCUAAUAUACAUGCACAAUCCUCACACAGAACCUAUACAAAUUGUCGAAGUGUACAGUAGUGGUGGAGAUUUCCACCUAGAGCUCCCCACUGGAGAAUUAGAAGGUCCAAAGGACAUGUGGGAAAUUCCUCCCCUUCAAACGAAAGCAGUCAUUCGCGUCAGGUUUCAAGCAAAAUCUGAACAAAACCACACUGCAUAUGUGAGAAUUAAAGUGAAUAGUAGUGAGGAAAUUCUUGUUGUGCCAUUAGAAGUGGAAGUUUCCGCAGAUGGCGGGUUGUUUGACCCUCAGGGAUCUGUUGAUUUUGGGAUUGGGGGUAGUUUGGACUCUUCCAAACAAGUGGAGUUGUGUGUUUAUAAUCCUCUAAAGAAAGCUGUGAGGAUUCAUAGUGUUGUGUCUUCAUCUGAAGCCGUUAAAGUGGCUUUUGAAAACGUUAAAAUAAUGCCGGGGGCGAAGGAGGGAAAGCAUGGUUGUGUCAGAAUUGGGACCCUCACCCUAGAUUGGAAAACUGCUUUCAAAACGCAAGAUUAUUCCGGAAAGAUAACCGUCAAAUAUAAAAACGGUAAAAGCAAAACAGAAAUACCGUAUUAUUUGACGGUGCUCGAAGGAGGAAUAUCGUAUGAUCCCUCAAUCACGCGAUACUUCAUCAACGACAAAUCCGACGGUCUAUUUUCAAGGAAUUUUAAAAUAAAAAACAAUUUCCUCUCGUCGUUGAGGCUGAUUAAUUUAACGCUACCUGAAGAAGCACAAAGAUAUUUUAAAAUCGAAAGUUUUAAACCUCUCAUCCUCAAACCGCAACAGGAAACCACUAUUUUUAUCAUAAAACUCAAAAAUGCGGUGCAUAUAUCGGACUUGAAAGUCAAUUCGUACAUUACUGUAAAGACAAACAUUUCUGAUAUUACAGUGCCCCUGUUGAGCUACAACGGGAAGCUGCAAGUGUAUUUGCCGUUCAAAAGCAAAGAUUAUUCCCUCGACUUGGGUCUAAUCAGUUUCGACUCGACGAAAGAAAUCUUUUUUCUCGUCGUCAACAACAACCCAGUUAGCAUCACAAUUAGAAAUGUGAAAACGUCGAUUCCCAUGACCAACGCAGUGAUGUUGGGUUGUGGAAAAGGCGACCAUAAUGCGGCAUUGUUGCAAGUGACGUUUCAGAAUCUUACGCAAUGCAGUUUGUUAAAAACGACUGAAUAUGCAGUUAUUCGACUUACAGUACAAACUUUCAAUGCUGAAGGUCAGAUUUGGGGCGACGUCCAGAUAGAGACCCAGUAUGAGAACUUAUCAGUCCCUGUCCACUUUAAGGUGGCUCCUGGGAAGCUAGAAAUUGGACCGGAUCGACUUGUCUUCGAUCAGUGUUUUCCGGGUAAAAUUUGUUCACACCCGUUACGCGUCCAUUCAACGUUCAAUGAUCCAAUGAUCAUCGAAGAAAUAAUAAGUUUACCACCUGAUAUCCGCUUAAGCAGUAAACAUUCGGGCCAUAUUUUAGCCCGAGCAACCAAAGUCAUCGGCCAUUUGUACCUCGACCCUACUUUAGGCUGUGGAAACGAAUGUUACACAGGACUGCAACACGACACAACAGCGCAAUGGCUGAAAACUCUAAGUCUAUCGAAGUCCGUCUCCGACUUCGAUUUAAAUCUAGUCAACGUCUUCUACAACAGAUAUCUUAAUUUUACCGCCAACGGCUUGAAACGUUGGCAAAACUUAACCCUAAGACUCGACACGUCUGAAGUGAGGGGUCACACUUUCAAGACGAGAGUCAAGAUGAGCUGGCCUAGUCUCAUAGUCGAACAGAAUCUCGAAAACAAGUCCGUUUUCACGUUUCCGUUAACACAGAUCGGGAACAUUUCGUAUAGAAACAUCACCAUACGUAAUCCGUCGAGCUACAAUCUUGUUGUGCAGAUAGUCAUGGAUAGGAACUAUCCAGACUUGCAGUUGAUGCAUGAAGGACUACCUUCGAAUUUUAUCCCCAGUGCGACCCAAGAGCUGAAAGACAUAGAACACAGAUUCUUUUUUCACGAAAGCUUGAAAAGACACUACGCCGAACUCUCGGACAGUUUGAAUUUAAAAAUUCACGAGGAGUCGGUGCCGGUGCUGCUCGCUCCCGGCGAGAAUUUCACUUUCGUCGUGGGUUUCAGGAGCGAGGACACGAUACCCAAUUCAGCUCUGAUUUUCAUCAGGAACAAUCUCACGAUUUUGGAAGUAGUGCGAUUGAACGCCCAAGGGGCCCAUCCGCUUUUUAAGUUCGGUAAUCGCAAGCCCGGUUCGUUGCAGCCGCUCACUUUCGAAUUGACCGAGAAGCACCUGAAAGACUGCGAAAGGGAAAAACAGUAUAAAAACCCGUCGCCGAAUUUGAGCGUGAAGCGCUCUUUCACCGCCCGCAAUAUCGGUGACGUCACGAUCUACAUCAACAGUUUUUUCAUCAACGACUUGCCGUGCGAAGGCUACGGGUUUAAAAUACUCAACUGUGCCCCCUUUGUUUUGCAUCCGAACGAGACGAAAAAAAUCGAUAUAGCGUUUACGCCGGAUUUAACGUUGUCGAGGGUGGUCCGGCUGCUGAUUUUAGACACGAGUUUGAGCUAUCCAGUGAACUAUACGCUUUUUACCACAAUACCGCCGUACUAUCUCAGUCUGUGCUCGAGUUUGAUCGUCAGGCCGACAUGGGAGGUGUACUUAAGCUCGAUUGCGUCGUGGUUUAUGCUCGCUGUGGUGGUUUUCGUCGUGUUUUUCGCUGUGAUGGACGCUGAAAGGAUCAAGAAGCAGACUCUUGCUGCUUUGAUGGCGCCCAACAGCUUGGCGCCGCAGCCGGUUCUGGAUUUGAGGUUGGUAGGUCAGCAGACCAGGGCCGAGUUGCGGUCUAGUAAAAUCGAGGAAAAGAAGGCCGAGGAAGUCAAAACGGAGAAGGUUCAGAGCGAACCGAGCAAAACGAAGCCGGAGGGUGAAAAGUACACGGCGAUAAUUCCGGCGACGGGAAAGAGCAAAAAGAAGCUCAGUAAGAAGAAUAGUAACGAAAUGCAGAGUGAGAGCGACGCACAAAAGAAACCAACCGAAGUACAAAAUAAAAAGAAGUUCGUCGAAGUGAAGAGCGACGAUAAGAAAGCGAAUAGUAUUAGCAAAGACCAUAAAAAGACAGUUCCAGUUAAGAAAGUUACCAAAAAUACUGUUGUACCUGUUUACGAAGAAGAAACUUCGUCCACUACGACUGAUUGCAGCAGCAAUAACGACGAAAACGACAAAGAAAUUGACCAAAGAAACUCGAAAGUUUGCUCAAAGAAGCCUGGCAAUAGCAAAAACGAGACAAACCACCAGGAGGAGCUUCCUACGGUCGAAGUAAAACCAGUGAUUCACCAGAAAGUCGAACGUAAGCGAUCAGGCCCGAAGCCGGCGCAGAAAAACAAAGACGGCGAAAAUAAAACAGAAACGAAAACUUUUGAAAAGAAACCACACAAAUCCAACAAAGAGAAAAAAGAGAAACAGCACUUGACAAAAAAACUGUCGUCGGAGAAAACUCCGUUCAAGAAUAGCGAGAAGCGGGAGAGUCCUCCGGUUCGGGUGAGUCCCCCGAUUACGUCGUCGCCGUCAGUCUGGGGGGAAAACAGGGCUACUUUCAGCGACGUGGUAGCCAGGAACGAAAGUGCGGUCAGUAUUACCAACACUCGUCCACUUUCGCAAACCCAAACGACCAAACCCACCAUGUACGUGGAACCUUAUAAACAAACAUCCACGGAACUCGGACCCAUCGGGUCGCGGAGGAUCGAUUUCUGGCAGGAAAGCGACAGCUUGCCGGUCGAGGACCACUCCAACAGCUACUUCUCGAACUCGUACGAGUUGUCGGCGGAUAGCAAUUCGAAUUUCCUGGAUGAUUUGGUUGUGAACACUGGCGAAACGUGGGGGCAAAAUCACGCUCUGAUGAAUCCGUUGGAUGGUUCGGAGAAUAACUUGACGCAAGAUCCAUGGAAUCAGAAUCUGGGGGGAGGCAACUCUGGCCUUCAGAAUUUUUGGGAUACGUUUUAUUCAAUAAACGACAGUUAUUCUGUACAACAGUCGCCGAUGGGGCAGCAAGCAGGGUACUUAUGGGGGUCCUCUCCUGUGUGGGAGCCGUGGGCGCCCGCUGAAUCGCCCAAGACGCCGACUCGAACGCCGCCAGGGUUCGAUACUUUUGCUCAAAGGAAAAACGAGGAGGUGCCUCCGCAGCAAAGAGAAGUUUACAAUCCUUUCAGCACAAGUAAUAUUUGGACACAGCAACAGCCAAAUCCAUGGAAUUAUCAAGGACAGUGAUUCAAUGUUUCACACUUCUAGGGUUCGUUGAUUUCGUCGUUUACGUUUUGGGCCAUUUGCACUUAAAUCACGUAUUAAUAACGUGGUUAUUUCCAUUGUGUUGUAAGACUGUGCGUAAUUUAAUAAUACUCAUUUGUUGUAGGAACCCUAGUACAAGUUUUUGCAGAAAUUUUCGACUUUUGUGAAUGUUCAAUACUGUAAUAAUUUAUUUAUUGACUGUUCCUGACAGGUCUUCUAAGUAAAUCUUGAGUUUCUUAAAAAAAGAAAAAAAAAAAAUA